ACACGGCUAAACUUGAACUUGUCCAAAUCUCAUUCAUCAGAUUUCAUUUCAACGCUUCAAUUGGCGUCCUGUCAUUUUUAUUCCUGUUCUAAUACAAAAUAAUGGCCUCGCUGGUCCGAGGUAACCAGCAGAUUGGGCAGUUAUGAAGCGCGAUAUCAUAAACUCAGUAUUGCCGGGCCGCGUAAUACAGAUGCUAUUACUCUUGGCCCUGCAUCAGCUUCUCAUCUCACCCGUCAUCGCCUACACGGCCUUAUCCGACCAUUUCUUGAAGCUAGUCCCCUCGGGAGGUCCCGACUUUGAUAUCGACAAUGGCAAACUAUUAGCGCCUAUAUUGAUUCCGCGCGUCUCCGGCACUCCCGGUGCGGCAACCGUUCAACAGCAUUUCGUGAAUUUCUUUACCAAAGAAUUGCCGGAAUGGAAAAUGGAAUGGUACAACUCAACUUCGACGACACCUGUGUCCGGAGGUAAAGAAGUCCCGUUUGCGAACCUGUUAUUCAAGAGGGAGCCGCCAUGGGUCGGCGAAGGGCAAUCCAAUUUAUUGACCCUUGUGGCUCAUUACGAUAGCAAAUAUAGCCCUGAAGGGUUUAUAGGCGCUAUUGAUAGCGCUGUGCCCUGUGCUAUCUUGAUGCAUGUUGCGAGAACACUAGACAAAUUUGUGAUGCAGAUGCACACUGAGAUGUCUGCACUUGGUGAAGGUGGAACUGUCCCGAUGGAUAUGGGUGUACAAAUCCUCUUCCUUGAUGGUGAAGAAGCAUUCCAACAGUGGACGGAUACCGAUUCACGUUAUGGAUCAAGAGCGUUGGCGGAAAACUGGGAGAGCUCACUUCACCCGGCAAUGUCAUUCUACCGUAACCCGCUGGAUCAAAUUAGCAUGUUUGUGUUACUGGACUUGCUUGGCGCUGCCGAACCUACAGUGCCAUCUCUUUUUGCCAUGACGCAUUGGGCGUACAAAGCCAUGGCCAACAUUGAGGAUAGGAUGCGCAAGCUAGGACUCCUAGAAUCGACACCGAAACGUCCUUUUAUGCCCGAUGCAGAUAAGAAGGCGGCUGAUUUCCGCCCUAGUCAUAUUGAAGACGACCAUACGCCUUUUAUGUCCCGCGGAGUUCCAAUUCUACACAUGAUUACCUCCCCUUUUGACUCUGUGUGGCAUACUAUGGACGACGAUGGAGCGCAUCUUGAUAUGCCUACUGUACGUGACUGGGCGAAAAUCGUCACGGCUUUUGCCCUAGAGUGGUUAGAUAUGAUGGAGGUCGAACCGAAAGAGGAAACCGAGGCACCAACGACGGGUAGAUAAUUUUCCUGUGCAAUUUGACUGUUGAAAUCUAUGCGUUUUGAGUUUAUGAGAGCGAUACUGUGUAUAUAUGACAUGGUUUGGAGUUUUGGUCUCUAAAGAAACUAAUUGUAUCUUAGUAUCUGAUAGAAGGAAUGUAUAUUGACUCGGAUACUGCUAUUUUGGGAUGCGCCUGAACUGGCCUGCACAUAAUGUGUAAGGCUAUUGGGAUAGUAAAACUGUACGUAUUGAGAGAUAUAAUUGUUAGGAUCGGCUUGCUUAUUUGUCGACUUUGAUGUCCAAUAGUAAGAUGCCCCUGACUCAUUCCCCUGAAUCAGUUAACAGCGCAUUAAGAACUCUUCGUCACAAACAAAUACCAAACGGCAACACAUCCAUGCGCACUUACGCUAAUCCGUACACUGCCUACCAAUCCCCUCAAAGGAUCUCCUGGCCGAGGCUAAAUAAUAUCCGUGGAUAUAUAACUAUUGCGCUCAAAAUACUACCCAGACACAUAUUUUAAUAGUAUUCACCAGUAAGCAACGAGUUAUACUUUAU